AUGCCAGACACCUCGCCCCCGCCAUCGUCCAGGCGGUUUACACCGACCCCAGUCGAAACAACGGUCAAGAAGAGUCGACGAUUCGCUCCAGAACCCGUGGAAACGACAAGUCGUAGGAGCAGGAAGGAAGAUGUGCUCAAAGUCGAGGAGGCUGCAGCAUCAGCAUCAGACAAGGGAAAGGAAGCUGCUCCUCCCCCAAAACGCCGUUUCAUCCCGGAACCUGUUGAGACUACAUUUAAGAGUAGUAAACACCACACUGCGAGAGCUCUACCUACCCCUGAGUCAACGCUCAACUCGAUCCCCAAAACCUCUCCUCCUUCAGAACCCCCAAAGCCCAGGAGAAAGUUUACUCCAGAUUUGAUUGAGACCUCACGGAGGUCCAAGAGGGCGGGCGACUCGAGGCCUGCCACGCUGCCAACUGAUAAGACCGAUCUUACACCUGGAGUCCCAAAUAUAUACACACGCCCCAAGCGGAAAACUCCACGCCCUCCCGCCGUCCCCGUCCCCUCGGUUCCGGACAAUACCCCAACUCCAAGCGCUGCCAACAUACACUCCACCCAAAUACCACCCCUUCCACCUCGCAGACAGCCUUCAAUGCGUCCACAUCCUAAUACAAGACGAAGCACGAGACAAGAUUCCUACCAACCAGAGUUGGAAACUAUAGAAUCGUCUGAGUCCCAAGACCUAGAAGAUGAAGAGGAGGAUAGCGAUGGCACACCGUCUCUUUCAGGAUCUAUGGGCUCAUCUGAAGAUUCCAUCCAGCGCCUACAACUUGCCCGCACCCGCGAAAGCUGCGAUGACCGUUUCUCAGGCUACCUCCUCGCGCUCGCCGCCAAAGCAGCAGAGAAGCAGCUUCGCGAACAAGCGCUCGCCGCCUUUCCAAACGAGACAUCCUACGAAAUAGUAGAGCACUUUUACAAUGAGGAAAUUGAGCAGCCUUCAGAUGAAGACGAAGUGGAGGGGGUCGGCCUCCUAGAUCACAACCAUAAGUCACUACGUAGACAGUCCACAGAUGUGGGCUGGGCGGCGAAGGAAAUGCAAGCCCACCAGGAAAAGCUCAAUCGGAUGCGAGAGGAGGAAACGAAUCAGAAAAUAGCAGACGAGGCCACGAAACCCACAUUCAAAGACCCCUUUUGGACAAACGGCAUGACCGCCCCUCCAGUCAAUAAAACAGUCAACAAAGCCAAAGAAGCAGAGUUAGAGCGUAUGCGCAGCGCUGCUUCUCCACCUAUGCUUGGCGCGGAUCUCAAAUUCAGAAUGUGCCCUUCUCCCAAGGCAACGAAAUUCGAGUCAGAUCAGCGUAUCGAUGUCCAGCAUAUUCAGCCCAGGAAAAGCCAAAACGGAGGUGGGCUUUGGGGAGGUUAUUGUGUAGCUGAUGAACCGGGUACCAUGAUCACUCCUGGUAAGCGCGGACCGGCGCUGAUUCAGACUCCGCGUGACGAACGCGAGGAUCCGUUUAGCUCUGCGUUUGCUUCGGCCUCUGGUGCAAAAUCCCCUCGGGAUGGCGCAGGGGGUGUGAGGAUGUUGACGGGCUUGGAUGAGAGACUCAAGGCAGAAGUAGCUCGGUCUAAAGCCGAGGAAUCCGUGCUUGCGGAAUUCAACGAUGCGUUUGUGACACAAGUAUAUAAUUACCUAUCGCUCGGCUACCCUGCACUAGCCCGUCAGUAUGACGAGGAACUGGCGAGGAUCUCUAGAAUUGAACCCGAGGAACUCAGGGGCGAUGAUCAUAAGAAGAACGCAAAGGGGCAUAUCGGCCUGGUCGAUGCACCUGGGACUGAGACUGGGGAGGGCGGUGCGGUGAAGUGUAAGAGGUGGAAGGCGCUGCGGAUUUAUAUCCUCGAGUGGGCGCGGCAGCAUCCUGACAUGGGCGUUGAUGGACUGGCGAGUCCUGGCGCGUGGGGUGUGCGGGCGAGGAGGGGGAGUUGGGCUAUCUAA